CUUUAAAUUUGACGCAGUCUUCUCUCAAGCCUGAUUGGGCAACACCGGAUCGUUUCUAGUCCUAUCCGCUCCCGCGGUGUCAGGCAGUACCAGUUAUUAUUAGUACCCAAUUGUCAAAAUUUGUUUUGCCAUAUUAAUUUUUGUUUAUUAUCUUUAACAAAUUAUUCGUUUUUCUGCAUCCAAAAUGUCCCUCUAUGGAAAAACUUGAUUAAUAUAACGAGCGACAAAUACACUAUACUUCAGCGUUAACAGUACCCAGCCACAUAUGUUAGGACUCAAUAUUUUUGAGGUGCCUCCCACAAGAAGACACUCAAACAUGUCUCCAGAAUAUGCCGAAAUGGUCGCAGCGAUCGCCUUUGGCGUCUUGUCUGCUAUUUUUGUAAGUGCCUUCGUUAUCCUUGUGGUAAUUUGUCGCAGACAGAGGCUCUUUUAUAAGGCCAAUUAUUUGGACUCCCACCAUGAAUCUAUAAGGCCAGAAAAGCAGUUGAUAGAACCCGAACGUCCGGAACUGGAACUAGGAGAAAUGAAUCUCAACUUCGACAACAUCCUCACCGACGAACAGUGGAUCGACGAUGCCACCGGUCUCAUACCACAUUGCCUGGCCAUAUUAAAAACAUGCCGGUACCUUACCGAACGUUUAACAACCUUGGCAAUGAACUCCACUCCAUUAUCAGGGAAUUUCGGUCAAAUCGUCGACAGUGCCAAAAGAAUCUCGAGCAGGGUAGACGACAUGGUCAGGAGUAUGUGUCCACCGUUAGAUCCGAGACUUUUGGAGGCCAGGGCGGCCGCAUUAACGUUGGCCGUCACCCAUUUGGCCCUCAUUGCCAAAUACGAAUGCGGACAGAAGGAUAAGAUCACCUUGCAAUGGAUCGAUAAGUUGUUGCAGGAGAUGGACGGUCACGUUUUGUUUUUAAGGGAAGCCUCCCAGUGCCAGGAGAGCUAUAACAAAAUCCCCAUCGUCAGCAACUCUGUUUAAAACAAAAGUUUGGAAACAUCGUUAAAUUUGUUAGUUGCAUAGUAAAAUUGUAUUGUGAUUGUUAGCAUUUGUAUACAUUCCUUGAAAUAGGCGAAUUAUUUAUCAAUAUAUAUGUUUUUUAAGAAAAA